AACCGUCUGGGAUCAAAAGCAGCCAGACAUUUCCAGGUCCCGGACCCAUCGGACUCCUCAGGAUGGUGUCUUCCGGACCAUUGCGCAUCCUGGUGCUCCUCAUCCUCCUAUCCAAUGUGCAGGGGUCGAGGCUGAAGGACUGGUUCUUUCCCAAGAAAUGCCCCCGAAUCAGCGAGCAGUGUGAAUUCCAAGAGAGGGACCAGUGUACGAAAGACAAGCAGUGCCCGGACAACAAGAAGUGUUGUAUCUUCAGCUGUGGAAGAAAAUGUUUAGACCUCAGACAAGAUAUCUGCAGUUUGCCGAAGGAGACUGGCCUGUGCCUGGCUUACUUCCGUCGCUGGUGGUAUGAUAAGGAAAAGAACACCUGUGCCAGUUUCAUCUAUGGUGGCUGCCAAGGGAACAGCAACAAUUUCCAGACCAAAGCCCUCUGCCAGAACUUCUGCCAAAAAGAGGUUCCUCCUUCUGAAAGGAUCCUUGUGACACACGGCAGACACCAGGAGUACACUGUCGAGUACUACUAAACAGAAGCGCACGGCUUCGAUGCCAACAAACUCGAUGACGGCGGUGACUUCCAGAGUAACAGCGACCACGGCCACCACCCAGUCCUCACGGGCAGCUUGUUGGACGGCGACGCCCCAGAGGAAAGGGAGGCGACUACCUCGCAUUGCUGAGUUCAAAUGCGCCUUCAGUGUUCACACUCAACUCUCAAUGCCUGGCUCUUCCCCCAAACAGUUCCCACACACCCCCCAAUUCCCACCCCGGCCACUCCUCCAGUUCAUCCUCCUCACGCUUUCAGGGCCCGCGAUCCCCGUGUAGCUGCAAAUAAAGUGCUCUGUUUAGU